ACAGAUAAGGAAGAUGUCAAACAAUCAGACAUUGACACCUAUGAAACGUAAUCCGCUCCACGUCGCCGACAAGAAAAUGGAUAUUGCAAUGCCGGAACCCUCUUUGUACGUAAUAAAAGCCAUAGGAAUAUUAGACAAUGAUUCUAACAGAAUCAUUGCCAAAUAUUAUGAUGAUCACUUCCCAACAGUAAAGGAACAAAUAGCAUUUGAGAAGAACCUUUAUAAUAAAACACACAGGGCCAAUGAUUCUGUUGCUAGUAGAAAUUGGGAAGAUGAGUUCUCAGCUGAGAUCAUUAUGUUUGAGGGGCUCACCUGUGUAUACAGAAGUAAUGUGGAUCUCUACUUUUUUGUGGUUGGCAGUUCCAUGGAGAAUGAGCUCAUCUUGGCAAGCGUUCUUAACACUUUUUACGAAUCUGUGAGUCAGAUGCUACGGAAGAAUGUAGAAAAGAGGGCACUACUAGACAACCUCGAUGGUGCAUUCUUGGCGCUGGAUGAGAUAUGUGAUGGAGGCAUUAUAUUAGAAGCUGAUUCUACAGCUGUGUGUCAGAGGGUUGCAAUAAAGAAUGAUGACAUUCCACUAGGGGAGCAAACAGUUGCUCAGGUGCUGCAAUCUGCAAAGGAACAACUAAAGUGGUCUUUACUGAAGUAGCACAAGAGCAGUGGAAAGAAGGAGACUUUGUACAUAACGAGGCUGGAAGAUAAACUGACAAAAUAUUGAAUAAGAGGCAUUUGGGUAUAAAUGGCAGGAGUUCAGAGAGUGACAAUGGACACCACUAUCAAACCAAGUGCUUGAAAAUUGCAGAAACACAUUUAUGCCUGUAUUUGUCAGUGCACCAGAACAUGGGAAGAAGAGUGCAGUCAUGUAAAAGUUAAACCUUAUUACUGACUUGGACCUUUUUAAAGGUUUACUUUCAUAUCUGUAUCUUUUAAGAUACAUAUUUAAAUAUAUAUAUUUCAUAUAUAUUAAUGGCAACAUUUCCAUAAAGAAAUGAAUAAAUGCAUAUAAAAAAAUGUAGGUAUAAUAAUACUGUUUGAUAUUGAUACCAGGGCCUGUUAAAAUUCAGAAACUUUGGACUCAACAUUAUCAAAUAGAUUGUGACCAAGAGAUGAUCAGAAUUGCAGUGCUUUAUUAAAACCUUUCAUUUGUUGUAUUACAUUUAUAAUUUUCCCUACAUACCUCAAACUUUGACCAAAAAGUAUUUUCUUGGUUAACGAUUGUGUGUUAUACUGUUUGACAACAGGAGUCGCCCUAGAAAACUAUUAGAUUCUGCUUUGGAGGAAAGACUAGCCUUCACCACUCACAUGUUUUGUGCUGUCAUCUUUGCAGGGUUUAUAAAGGUGGCAGGAAUAUACAGCCAGUUGUAUUUGAAAUAAAAAAGUGUCUUGGUUGGAACGUUUAACAAAAAUGACACUUUUGCACAGACAACAAUUAACCUUCUGUUAAAUUGUAAAAAUCCAUGCUGGUAUUUUGGAUUUCUUAAUUUUAUGAAAAGUACUUAAUCUUUCCUCUUGAUAGAAUCAAAGUGAUAAGUUGGAAAUAGUUUUUAAAAAAGGUCUCACUAGUCAUGGUCAUUUGGUAUUCCAUAAAAUUAAUGUCACUAUACAAACACUUUGGUAGAGAGUCAGAUCUCUUGUGAGAAAAUUUGACAGAGCUGGUUGGGAUCAUAAAACAUUUUCAUAUAAUGUGUAUUAUUCAAAUUGAAUAAAUUGUAUCCUGAAAUCCAACAUUGACAUGGUGCAUUUAGA